GCAAUUUUUACCUUGGUAUAUCCCAACUCACAAGCACUAACAUACUAGUAUUUCUAUAAAGUCUAAUUUAGGUGUUUCUAUCAUCUUUUAAUUUAUCAAACAUGCCCCUAAACGUUAUUAUUAUUGGUGCUGGAAUUGCUGGCCUCACAGCAGCGAUAUCCUUGCGCGAGGCUGGUCAUCAUGUUGAGGUUUACGAGAAGUCUUCCUUUGCGGCAGAGAUUGGAGCGGCAGUCAACCUGCUUCCCAAUGGUGUCAAAGUUCUGGAGAGUCUCAACUUUGACUUUGAUCGCGCUCGUGCAGUGACGACAUUACAUCUUGACACCGUCAAUGGCAUCGACAUGAGCCCAAUUGCGAGUCGAGACUUACAUGAAGCUGCCAAAAUCUAUGGUGCUGCGCCUAAAGGCAUCCACCGAGUCGAUCUUCACCGUGAACUCAUGCGACUGGCCAACGUGGCCGAAGUUCACGGUCCAAACGAAAACGUUACAGAGACAGCCAAAAGCUCAACCUUGUUACAUUUAUCGUCCGCAGCAAAAAGUGUUGAUGCUGAGCGUGGUUCUGUUGAGUUUGCUGAUGGUACUAUCAAGCAUGCAGAUCUUAUUGUUGGUGCUGAUGGCCUACAUUCUGUUGUGCGUGGCGCAGUGGUCCGAGAUCCCGAGCACGGCAAACCGGUACAUACAGGGCAAAGUGCGUUUCGCUUCUUAAUCAAAGCACAGGAUCUUGAAGCACUCGAAGCUGGUCGUGAUCUUCUGGCACUAAAGCGACCUGGGACCACCUCCUUUAUUGACACGAAAAAUCCAGAUGCCGACCGACAUCUGAUAUGGUAUCCCUGUCGCAAUGGAACGGUGCAUAACUUUGUAGGCGUACAUCCUACUCCGAGCAACAACGACAGUGCGACAGUGGAGGAGGACAGUGCCCAGAUGGUAGAGGAGUUUGCUCAUUUCGACCCAAGAAUUGUUCAUCUACUUAGCCACGUUAAAGAUGCGAAGCGCUGGCCGCUGUUCGAGUUGAAGCCACUGCCAUCAUGGUCCCAUGGCAAGGCAGUCAUAAUAGGUGAUGCUGCCCAUCCAAUGCUACCAUUAGGUGCACAAGGGGCCAACCAAGGCAUUGAAGACGGCGCGGUGCUGGGCCAUGUGCUAGCCAACGCUAACAGUGCUGCUGACAUUCCGCAAAGGCUUCAACUAUUUGACCAACUCCGAGUGAAGCGAGCUUCCCGCGUCCAGAUACUCUCCAGCAUUCGCUACAGCAACGAAAGUUUAGUACGAGAGAAACUAGAGCCGUACAUGGAACCUGGCAUGGAGGUGCCUGAAUCCUUCCACGCCAGGGCAAUGCAUGAUACUGGGUUUGACGCACUAGCUCAUUGCAAGAGAGCCAUGUCUGAGGCCGGUAUCCAUUAG